CAUUGCUUUGCGAUUUUCUUUUAAAAUUUCACGCAAUUCAAAGGACGUGCGAUGCACAUGGCCUCAAAUCGCUCAGUUGUUAAGUAUGCACUACAACUCACUCUAUUCUGACCUGCCGUCCACCGAGUUCAAUGCGCACUACUUGAAACACUUGUACAUCCUGACCAGCAGGAGUGACCAGUCUAAGAUUACACUUUGUUCAUGAACGUGGCUACUGGCUGGUGGUGUUCGUUCAGGCAGUUUGUUGAGCGUGUCCGCGAUGGCGCUACUGCACCUGGUGCUGAUGUGGCACAGGGUGGCCUAGGUCUUCGUCCAGAGAAUGGACAGUUUGUAGGCAUCCUGAGCGAGACCUGCCCGGACUACAUCGCGUUGAUGCAUUCGCUACUAGCCAUAACAGUCCCGUUUCGUCCUACUCAACAUCGUACGAGCUCAAACACGCCAAUGCGCUCGCGCAGGCAACUAGGAUCUUUGCCAGUGACUCCCUCGUUCCUGCCACUCGCUUUGACCUUGGGUCUCCCAGCAGAUCGGAUCUACCUCCUAGAAGGAGAGAAUAACGGUUUCACGAACUACAAUCAGCUCGUCUCCUCUGCCCGCAAGAGUGGUAUACCACGGCUGCCAAUCCGUGAUGCUAAUAAGGAGACUUGCAGCUCUGUAUCUAGCGCCAUUAUGAAAUAUUUGGCUAGGUCCAUGAUCGCUCAGAGGCAUGGGCCUCUGUGCCGAUGCUUGCGGGCCCGAGGCCAGGUAGCACAUCGCUAACAUAAUUCAAUGCAUCCCGCGAAGUGUUCUAUGAGAUUGUGGAAAUAGACU